ACUUGCGCUUUGUGAUUGGUCCGGCGGCUUCUGGGAUCUGUCAUGUGUCCCAGGUACCACCUUACCAUUCACAAAAAGCACCGCUUCUUGCGCAUGCGCACUUGGCACCCGGCUGUCAUGCCCAGCGCCCACACUACAGAAGCCGGGAAGACAGCGCGCCGCUGGAUAGAGGAACAGGUAAGGUCCCGCUGCAGAGCUGAGCGGCCGGCCCGGUAUUCUGACACGGCCGCGGUGGAAAUACCGGACCGGCCGCUCCAUAUUCGCUCCAUAAGACACACUGACACACUGACAUGGAGGGCCGUAUUAAACCGA